AUGGGUGGAAAGGAAAUCCUCAUUAAGGCGGUAGCCCAAGCGAUCCCCACCUACACCAUGAGCUGUUUUCAGCUCCCCCAAGGCCUAUGUGAUGAUCUUGAAAGCAUGAUGAGGAAUUUUUGGUGGAGCCAAAAGCACCAAGAGACAAAAAUGGCUUGGGUUGGUUGGAAACAAAUGUGUCAUCCUAAAUCUAAAGGGGGUUUGGGCUUCCGGAACUUGCAAGCUUUUAAUCUAGCCAUGUUGGCAAAACAAGCUUGGAGAAUCCUCACAAACCCAACUUCCCUUAUUGCUCGGGUCCUCAAAGCACGCUACUUUCCUUCCGGUGACAUUCUUAGUACAACUCUUGGCUUUAAUCCAUCCUACUCUUGGCGGAGCAUUUUUAACAGUUUAGAGGUUAUUAGGAAAGGAACUCGGUGGCGUGUGGGCAAUGGCAAACAAAUUCACAUAUGGGAUGAUAAAUGGCUCCCGACCCCCACCACACACAAAGUCAUCACUCCCCCUAAUAAUCUCCUUUUUUUCCCUAUGGUCUCUUCCCUCAUUGACCCGGCCACAAAAUGGUGGAGAGUUGAUGUUAUUAGAGCAACCUUCCUUCCUUUUGAAGUUGAAACAAUCCUAAAAUUGCCUCUUAGUCGAAGCUUGCCUGAAGACAAAUUAAUAUGGAUGGGAAACAGCCGUGGGGAGUUCACUGUGAAGAGUGCAUACCACUUUGCCCACUGCUUGGUUGAAGAAAAGGAUGUUGUGGGAAGCCCUAUGGGAGAUCCUCUCAAGCCCCUCUGGAAGUGUUUGUGGCACCUCAACCUCCCUGCAAAGAUUAAAAUCUUUGCUUGGAGGGCUUGUUUCAAUGGGCUGCCUUCCAAGGAAAAGAUGUUUGGAAUCUUUGGUGUGAUGGGUUGUAGGAGCAAUUGGACUCUCCCUUACAUGGCCAUGUUCAUUCUUUCUCAUAAGCCUUCUCAAGAUCUUGAAUUAUUCUUCACUGCUGCUUGGGCAAUCUGGUAUAACAGAAACAGAGUUAUUCAUGAAGGCAAGUGCUCUUCCCCCUUACAAGUCUGGCAGAUGGCUAGAAGUUCCAUUGCAGACUUCUCUGAUGUAGCAACCAUUGAUUUUUCUGCUCCAAGGCCUACUCUUGCUAGUUGCUGGUCCCCUCCGCCUCCUGGUGUAUUCAAGAUUAAUGUGGAUGGAGCCUCUUCAGACCUUGAUGAAACCUCUAGUAUUAGAGUCAUCAUCAAAGAUUGCAAUGGCAAUACAUUUGCUGCCCUCUGCAAACCUCUUCAGUCCCACUUCCCAGCGAAAUUAGCGGAAGUCCUUGCUUUGGAGCAAGGCAUUUUGCUCGCCCAAGAUUUGCAGCUCACUCAUGUGAUGAUUGAAAGUGAUGCUUCCAAUGUGAUAAAUGCUAUCAAUGAUUCUGCCUUAGGGACUCCAUUUGGGCACAUUAUUCAGGACAUUAUUCAAGCCAAAGAAACCUUUGCUUUUUGCUCUUUUAGGCACCUAAACUGGGUUGCUAAUUAUGCAGCUCAUGAGCUUGCUCUCUUUGCUCGCAGGAAUGGAUCUCAUCAUUUGUGGAAAGGGGUUACUCCCUCCUUUUCAGAAUCAACUGUACAAGUAGAUUUAUUGCUCUAA